ACGCUAUGGAGGAGUAGACACAAACAACCGGAUCAGCCCGUGAAUGUAGACGCCGUCCGCCUCGCCGUCAGCUUUACGCACGAGUGUCACGGAUGUUAUUUUUGUCCCGGAGCGUCGCCCGCAGCUCUGGGUGAUGUUUGUGUGCCGCAGCGUGUCUGAGGACAGGACGGGACUACAGUGAGGAGAGAGGACCUGCACAUCUGGGACAGGGACAGAUCACACCGAGGAGCCAAAGAAGUGCAAAUCGGAUUCUAUAUUGUGGUGAUUGGAUGUAAGACUACUUUGACCCUACAAAAUUGAAGAUGAUGUUGCUAUGGAAACUGCUGGUGCUGCAGUCACUAGUGGGGUGCCUUGCAGAGAUGGGGGUCCUGCAGAGCCCUGUGUUCUCCAAGCAGCCCGGCAGUAUCGUGUACCCGGUGGAGAACGUGGAGAAGAACAGGGAGGUGGUGUUCAGCUGUGAGGCCCAGGCCAGCCCCCCUCCUCUGUACAGGUGGAAACUCAAUGGCACAGAACUCAAACCUGGAUCGCACUACAUUCUCUCUGGAGGAAACCUGCGGAUCAGCCAUUUGAACAGGGACCAGGACGCUGGGACUUACCAGUGCCUCGCCACCAACUCCUUUGGGACCAUAGUGAGCCGAGAGGCCAGCCUGACAUUUGCAUAUUUGGAACACUUCAAGACCCAAAGGAGAAGCUCAGUGUCAGUUCGGGAAGGACAAGGGGUGGUGCUGCUGUGUGGCCCUCCUCCGCAUUCUGGAGAUCUGGUAUUCUCCUGGAUUUUUAACGAAUACCCCACCUUUGUGAAGCAGGACACACGGCGCUUCAUCUCUCAGGAAACGGGGAACCUGUACAUCGCCAUGGUGGAGCCCUCUGAUGUGGGCAAUUACACCUGUGUGGUCACCAAUACUGUCACUAAGAGCAGAGUGCAAGGCCCGCCUACUCCGCUGGUCCUGCGCAGUGACGGAGUCAUGGGAGAAUACGAGCCUAAGAUCGAGGUGCAGUUUCCGGAGGUGGUGCAUGUAGCCAAAGGAUCCACGGUGAAGCUGGAAUGUUUCGCCUUGGGAAACCCGGUGCCGUCUAUCACCUGGAGGAGAACAGACGGUGUUCCCUUCCCCAGAAAAGUGGAUAUGAGGAAGGCCAGUGGCGUCUUGGAGAUCCCGUAUUUCCAGCAGGAGGACGCGGGCACGUACGAGUGUGUGGCCGAGAACUCCCGCGGCAUGAACACUGUCAAAGGGAAGCUCUCCUUCUAUGCUCCUCCUCAUUUGACAGAGAAACCCCAGGACCAGCAGAAGCUCAUAGAUGACUCUCUGGUUUGGGAGUGCAAGGCCACGGGGAAGCCCAAACCGUCCUACCGCUGGAUGAAGAAUGGAGAGAACCUGGAGUCCAACGAGGAGCGAGUACAGGUCGUCAAUGGGGCACUGUCCAUCAGCCGCCUGACCCUGUCUGAUACCGGGAUGUACCAGUGUGUGGCUGGGAACAAGCACGGAGAAGUGUACUCCAACGCAGAGCUGCGAGUCAUAGCUGUGGCCCCAGACUUCUCCCACAGUCAGCUGAGGAGCCAGACCCUGGUGAAGGUGGGCGGUGACGUUCUCAUCGAGUGUAGCCCCAAAAUGUCACCCUGGGGUGUCAUCUCCUGGCGCAAAGGCACUGAACCACUGCGAGAGACCAACAGGGUGAAUAUUCUGGAGAGUGGGAACCUACGGAUUUGGAACGCGACCAAGACUGACUCAGGCCUGUACACCUGUGUGGCCAGGAACCAGUUUGGAGUGGCCAGCAGCACGGGCAGCCUCACAGUCAAAGAGCCGACCAUCAUCACCUCGCAGCCCAACACUCUGGAUGUGACUGUGGGGGAGAGCGUGGUGCUGCCCUGCCAGGUGAGCCACGACCCCUCCCUGGAGCUCAAGUUCACCUGGUUCUUCAACGAGCAGCUCAUCCACUUCGGCAGCCACGGAGGGUUCUUUGAGAAAGUGGGCGGACAGCAUUCAGCGGGAGACAUUAUGAUUCGGAACAUUCAGUUGAAGCAUGCUGGGAAAUACACGUGCGCCGUGCAAACUAAGGUGGACAGCAUCUCCAUCGCUGUGGACCUGGUUGUCAGAGGUCCCCCGGGGCCCCCCACCAGCAUCAAUGUCGAAGAAAUCACUGACACCACGGCGUCUCUGUCCUGGAGGCCCGGUCCCGAUAAUCACAGCCCAAUUACGGCGUACACCAUCCAGGCCCGGACACCCUUCUCCCUGGGGUGGCAGGCUGUCACCACAGUUCCCGAGGUGGUGGGGGGCCAUCGGCUGACAGCUACAGUAAUAGACCUGAGCCCAUGGGUGGAGUAUGAGUUUCGAGUCUUGGCCAGCAACAGCAUUGGGACCGGAGAGCCCAGCAAACCAUCCAAACAAGCCAGGACAAAAGGCACCUCCCCGAAGGUGACCCCAGCCAACGUGAGCGGAGGAGGAGGCAGCCGCUCAGAGCUAGUCAUCACAUGGGAGCCUGUUCCAGAGGAGCUGCAGAACGGGCCAGGGUUCGGGUAUGUGGUGGCAUUCCGACCCAACGGCGCCCCCGGCUGGAUGCAGGCGGCGGUGCCAUCAGCGGAGGCGUCCAGAUAUGUCUUCAAGAACGAGAGCAUCCAGCCAUUCUCCCCUUUCCAGGUGAAGGUGGGGGUCUACAACAACGAGGGAGAGGGCCCUUUUGGAUCUGUAACCACAAUCUACUCUGCAGAGGAAGAGCCUGGCCGUGCGCCCACCAGGGUCCGCGCCAGGAGCCUGUCUGCCUCUGAAGUGGAAGUGCUAUGGAAAGCCCUGCCCUGGAACGCCAGUAAGAAGAGAGUAUUGGGCUACGAGCUCAGGUACUGGGUCAAAGGUGAGAAGGAAGACUCAGCCAAUGUGCAAAGGACUGUGGGUAACCAGACGUCCACAGUUAUCCGAGGACUCAAAGGCAGCGCCACGUAUUACAUCACGGUGAGGGCGUACAACACAGCGGGAACAGGACCCCCCAGCUCCACUGUCAAUGUCACCACCAAGAAACCUCCUCCCAGCCAACCUCCAGUCAAAGUGAUGUGGAACACAUCAAACUCAAAGAUCAUUGUGAACUGGGAGCAGGUGAAAGCCCUGGAGAAUGAGUCUGAAGUGACAGGCUACAAGGUUUUUUACAAGAAGAACCGAAACAGCAGCCCCAACAUCAUGGAGACCAACACCACGUCUGUGGAGCUGGCACUGCCCACAGAUGAGGACUAUAUCAUCCAGAUCAAGCCGUUUGGAGAGGGAGGGGAGGGCAGCAGCACGCGACAGAUCACCAUCCCUCGAAUACCAGGCCCCAAUGCAGUCGGCUCAGCGUCCAAGGUCUCCACUCUGUCAGCGCUCAGCACAAUAGCACUGUCAUUCACCGCACGGACAUCUUUAUGACACACGGCUCCCAGCAGACGGGGCAUCUGAUGUGGAGACAGCGCUAAGGCCCAAUGCAAACUGGGGCUGUACUGUGGUGUAACUAGAUCCAUUCAUUUAGAUUUUAGACGCAGAGAGAAGACAGUGAUGAGAAGAAAGGCACCGCACCAUGGAGGCACCAGUGGAGUCCCCUGCGAGUGGCUGGGAUACGGAACAGAGACUGACUGAUGUCCUGACUAUGUUGUUACCAAAGCAGCUUUCGUAAGAAAAAUAAAUAGAACAAUGUCUUAUAUGCAUCUUUUUGUACGGUAGGUGGAGCUUUUUAUAGAUUUGUUUCCUUUAUAAACACUAGGGCCAGGCGUAUCGGGGCAGGAACAGUUGCGUGCAUGAGAUAAAGUGGCAGUCACAAAGGAAGGUAAUAGUAAUUGGUAGCAUUUUAUUUAUCGUCAAUUCCAGUGAAUAAACUAUUAUUAUCCUUUACAUAUCUGCCUUUUGAGUUCAGCAAUAUUUCAAAACAACUUCAAACAUGCUGGCUAUCCACUGAACCCCUCUGUGAGAGCAAUAGCACUACAGAUGUCCGGGUGCAUGUUUAUCUUUAAAAAAAUAUAUUGAUAAUUACAGAUUAUUACAGUUGAGUUGUAAUAUGUUAUAAGCAUGAAUGCUGAUCAUUGUGUUCUUUUAAUGAGGUCAUGUAACUUGACAUUUUAAGUUAACUACAACAUUUAGCUCUUGUAGGUAAUUCUACUUAAAAGGAAAUUCUUAACAUGCAGCUGGCUAAUACUGUUUUUCCAACCAUUUGGAUAAUGCAAUGCUAAUGCUGGGUUAAAUUGUAAUUUUCAAUAGAGUAUAUCACUUUUCUCUAAAUCUCCAAAUAUUUUAUGUGGUAGGUGGAUCCCAUAUUGUAAUACACUUAAGCCCAUAACUUGGAAGCCCUUUGUGGACAUUUUCUUUGAGCGAUGUCAGGAUUGAUCCCUAAUCAUUUCUUCAGAAAAGUGAUUUCAUUAGUUGCCAUGUCUAUUUAUAAAUUAUUUUCUUAUAUUUCAGUCUGUAGCCAGACUGGAUGUAAGGUGUAAUGGUUAUUUGGGAGAUGCUUAAACUGACCAUUUUAAAUGUCAAAAGCAAAACAUUUGUUCAUAAUCAGCAGUGACCCUACAGGGCCACUGUAGCUGUUGUUCACAGGUCAUUCAUAUGUAGAGCACCUGUCUGAGGUGUUUGAUUGCAUUCUCAAAUGUCACCUCUAGAUGUCAUCAAAGGGCUUCACACUGCACCUUUAAGAUUGUAUGAUGUGUUUGGAUAAAAAUUGUUUAUUUAAAUAGAAAAAAAACCCAUGCCAUCCAAAAAUGUAAUGUAAUUUAUCAAAUGCCAUCCCUAUAUUCUGUAAAAAUUUUGGGUUUCUUAUCAUAUCCUUUAAGACGGAACACUACAAGUAUUUGUUUGUUUAUUUAUGUAUUUAUGCUAUUUUAUGAUAUUUAUUUAUUUAUUGUUACCAAUGUAUGUUUUAACAUUGAUUUGAUAAAGUAAUCGUUAGUGUUUCGCCUUAAAUGCCAUUGGAAGUGCACUGUUGGUUGCUCUCUCAUGCUCCUCACUCUUUUGGUUACUAGCCCUUUGUCUAGAGCUCUUCUUCUUUGCCUUCUGUGUGCCUCACCAUAUGUUUAAAAACCUCAGGUCCUUAACGAGCCUUAACUUCUCAUGUGUACAUAAGGUAAACAUUUAGAUCUGAAGUAGCGUGCGACGUUUACAUGUUAAAAGUAACGGUGGAACGUGGGGUCAGCAGUAGCCUUUAUGUGCAAUGUUCACACGGUUAGUCUGAAUGGGCUACUGCUAUUUUGCAUGGGACUCUGCAAUAUCGCAGCGUUUUUAUAGGUGUGUGUUCUUGAUAAAAGACAAUGCUGCUUACUUAUUUUUCUUUCAUUAGUCUCCAGAAGGUGUGUGGAAAAUGCUGCCCAAGCGUACAGACAUACAGAGCACUCAAUGUAGCUCAGAGGCUGGGGUCAUGGGGCAUCAAAACUUUCUAGAUAGUUUCAAAUUAAGCUGGAGGACAGGUCAGAAUUGUAGGGAAGAAUUUUCUGUUACUGUCAUACUACUUUUUUUUACUUUGCUUGUGGUUAAUAUCUCUGUAAUUACCGGGCCUAUCCAC